AUGUUGUCAUGGGACCCCAAAAAAGGCAAGUAUGUGGUCAAGGACCUAUGCGAGGGGAGUAUGUUAUCAGAAGGACCCAGAUCAGGCAAGGGACACGAACAAGACAAGUAUAUAUGUUGUCGGAGGAACCUAGCCAAAGCAGUUGAACACAAAAAGGCAAGUAUGUUGUCAAGGGACGCAAACAAGACAAGUAUGUUGUCAGGGGGAACCCAAAAAGCCAAAUAUGUUGUCAGGGGACACAAACAAAACGAGUAUGUUGCAAGGGAACACAAACAGGACAGGAGAAAAAAAGGGGAGGGGGUCGAAAGAGGAGGAGUUGAAAAAAACAAGGUAUGGGUCAAUAACGAGGAGGAGGAGGAGGACGACGAGGACGAGGACGAGGACGAGGAGGACGAGGAGGACGAGGAGGACGAGGACGAGAAGGAGGAGGGGAAGGAGGAGGAGUAG